AUGGGUUCACGUUAUAUUCCGCGCUGCAGCCCCGACUUGCGCUUCAGCGCCUCCAGAAGAUACCCAUUUGCAACCGGCGGCGCGAAAUGGCCCAUAAUUGACUGGGACCAGCGGCGUUCCGUCGACGUGUAUGUAGAGUUUGUUUUCAAGGCCGUCGAUAAGUUUAUCAACGACCUUCCUGCCAAUGUCGUGCAGGCUGAACUCUCCAAAGACGGCGCACUCUUGUCCAGCUCUUCGGACCUCAUCCGUGACCGCUCCUGGGUCCCUUUUUCUGCGCCACGUACCGACUUUCCCUGCAAUGUGGCUACUGUACGCCGCUGCGACCUUACCGAAGUUGACCGGCUUGGGCUUCAGGUUGACUUGACGACCUACUAUCUGGGGCCAGGAGAGACGAGGCAGGUUGUGUUCAAGUACUACUUUACUGAGAACAACGUUGCCAAUUGGUGGCAUGAGGCGAAUUGCGUUAUGCGUAUGCCUAGACACCCUAACAUUGUCCCCAUUGACGCUCUUGUCGUCGACAUGGUCGAGGGUGUUGACAGGGUGGUCGGCUUUACCACACGCUACAUACCUGGCAGUACACUUUCAGAGAACAAGGACUGUGUUUUUAAACUUCAGUACCUGGAGCAACUUAUUAAUGCUGUCGACUACCUCAACCUCUGCCUUGGCAUUGACAACGGGUGCGAGUUUAAGUACGAAAAGGACUGCAACGACGUCAAGUUUGUGAUAUUUACACUCUACGAGAUUAUCACUCGCGAGUUCUGCUUCCGCCUAGAAUUCUACCCUCACGAGUUGGAUGCGUCGAAGAUCAUGAGGAAGCGAAAAUGGGACAAGCACCGAAACGUCCAGCUCGACAGUCCUGUGGAUGAAUUUCGCCGGGUCCUUCGCAAAUGGUUCAAGGAAAGGGCCAAGGUCGACAAAAAUAUCGAUCAUUUCAUGAAGGCAUCAGAGCCCCUAGACUGGCUAUCAUUGCGCGUGUCUCCAGACAUGGCAACAGAUCAACGCCUCCAAAGGCGCGGCAUUUUGCGCUCUACGCUUGUUCAGUCUGGCAAGGACUUCCUGAAAUGGGAGCGCCCGCCGACGCGAGCCCUGCCACUCCCCGACGGUCAGCGUCUGUUAGCUACCGGAGAGGUUGUUCACGAUGACGAAAGCGGUAGCGCUUCUGCAAAAUGA